UUUUAUCUUACUAAUCCAAAGUUUUCCACUUUUAUUUCUUUUUUCGCAUUUCGAUCAAAACAAACUAGUUUUAUCCUUUGCAAGCCGCUUUUUCAAACUCAUUUUCACAUUAUAACACUAAUGGAUAAGCUACAGAAGAUGAUCUCCGAGAAGUCGGUAGUGAUCUUUAGCAAGAACUCUUGCUGCAUGUCGCACACAAUCAAGACUCUCUUCUUAGACCUUGGCGUGAACCCGACGAUCUAUGAGCUAGACGAGAUCAACAGAGGAAAAGAAAUAGAGCAAGCAUUGGCUCAGCUUGGCUGCAGCCCAACCGUGCCAGUGGUGUUCAUAGGAGGGCAGCUUGUUGGUGGAGCCAAUCAAGUCAUGAGUCUCCAUCUUAAUCGUUCUCUCAUUCCAAUGCUUAAACGUGUUGGGGCUAUAUGGCUUUGAUUGAAUAAAAAGUAAUACUUACGUAUAGAUCAUAGCUUUGUACUAAUUAAGGAUGACAAAAUAACAUAUACAUGUCGGUAUGAAUGAUAUGUCUAUUAUCUAUGAAUUAUGAAAAGAUAGAUUGUGAGGAUAUACCUAUUUUGUAACUUGUGGGUAUACUUUAAUAAAUAACCUAGUGUUGUAUUUCUAUUUUUCCA